AUUCACACUGCACUGAAACCGCGUGGUUUUGCAUGUCCAACUCCUUGAGCGAAGAAGAAACGGAUCCUCAUUUCCGAACUCUCCAGUCAGUCUGAGUCCGAGUCAUUGAUCAGAUUUCAUAAAAAUGGUCACCGGGAAAUCAAGCGACCCAGAGCGUCUGCAGCAGCUGAAGGCCUUCGACAACUCCAAAGCUGGUGUCAAAGGGAUUGUAGAUGCCGGAAUCACCAAACUCCCACCAAUUUUCGUCCGUCCAAAGAAAGAUCCCUCCGUCGUUGGAUACCGUACGGUUUCAGGUCAUUUCACUAUCCCAAUGGUGGAUCUGGCUGAAUAUAACGGAAGGCGUGCUGAGGUGAUCGACCAAGUCCGGAUGGCCUCAGAGAGCUAUGGGUUCUUCCAGGUGGUGAACCAUGGGAUUCCCCAGAGAGUGAUGGAGGAGAUGAUGGAGGCGGCCCGUGUGUUUCACGAGCUGCCAAGGGAGGAGAAGGCGGAGUACUAUAGUAGGGAGAUGGGGAUGAAGGUCAAGUACUAUGCUAGCAGUACCAUGUAUGAUUUGAUGUUUGCUGAUUGGAAGGACACUUUGCAGUGUAUCGUAGGUGAUGAGCAGUUUGAUCCUCAAGAAAUUCCUCUCGUUUGCAGAGAUAUAACUAUGGAGUACUCUAAGCACGUUCACAAAUUAGGUGUCACUUUGUUUGAAUUUAUAUCUGAGGCGCUUGGGCUCAAACCUAAUCACCUCAAAAACUUGGAUAUCACAAAGGGGCAUAUGAUUCUUAGUCAUUACUAUCCACCAUGCCCUGAGCCUGAAGUGGCUAUUGGCACUGUCGAACACUCAGAUCCUGAUUUUAUGACCAUCCUACUUCAAGAUCAAAUUGGUGGACUUCAAGUUUUGUACCAAAAUCAGUGGAUUGAUGUUCUUCCUGUACCUAGAGCUCUAGUGGUGAAUAUCGGAGAUUUCUUACAGCUAAUCUCAAACAAUAAGUUUAUAAGCGUCAAUCACAGAGUAUUGGCUAAAAAUGAAGGUCCAAGAAUUUCGGUGGCAUGUUUUUUUAGACCUUCCCUUGAAAACUCCUCAACAUUAUAUGGGCCAAUCAAGGAGUUAACAUCAGAAGAAAAACCUCCAAUUUAUCAGGAAACAACAGUGAAAGAUUAUGUUAUGUGCCACUACAAGAAAUGGGAACUAGAUGAGGUCUCCGGGCUAGAAGACUUGAAACUGUGAUAUAACUGAAGUUUGUCCUUAAAAAUGUAUAACCUGGUAAUAGUUUAUGCAAUAAUUGAUCAAUCGAUCUCUUACUUAUCUAUAAACUGUGAAAGAACAGAAGUUUGUCCUUCAGAAUGCAUGCUCUAGUAAUAGUUUAUGCAAUACUUGAUCAAUCGAUCUCUUAUUUAUUAAUAAACUUAAUGUACUUUUUGGUGUUAGCCUUGUCACAUCACCUUUAAGGAUCUUUUGAGUGUUUGAU